CUUAUCCUACGGCCAAACAUUAACAAUGUUGUAUUGGCAGGUUCAAAUGUGUGCAUUUGUCUAUAUAAGUGUAGGUGGCAGUUGUCAUUGUUUAUAGUAUGAUUUACUUUACCCGUGGCUUUUUGAUUAUACCAUUGUCUGUAGGCUCCAAACAAAGUGGCUUGAUAUAAAUAAAAAUAGAUAUAGAGAGACAUAUUAGAUAAGAUAAUGUAAGAUAAUCCUUCAUUCGUCCCACUACGGGCUCUUUGUUUUUUUCUCAAGGUUGAUCUGGAGGCGGUUCCACUGGCACCAGUCCACAAAGUCCAUUGUCGUCAGAGAACUUCUGUAGAUGGCAGUUGUCUGUGCUGCACAUGAAGUUGGCAGUGUACAGGCAGAACAUUAAAGGAGCCAAGAGCGUUCCCUGUGGUGCUCCUGUGCUGCAGACCACUGAGUCAGAAACACAGUCACUUGUCCUCACAUAGUGGGGGCGGUUGGUGACGUGGUCAAUAAUCCAGGAUGUGAGGUGGUGAUCCACUCCUGUGUGCUCCAGCUUGUCCCUCAGGUGAACAGGCUGGAUGGUGUUGAAGGCACUGGAGAGAUCAACGAUCAAACAUGAUUCUCACAGUGCUUCCAGGCUUUUCUUUGUGAGAAAGAGCUCUGUGGGGGAGAAAUAUAUAUAUAUAUUUUCUGCUGGUGCAACAGCUGAUUAAAAAAAACAACAACCCGAAACGCUCUGCUGGAGGUUGCGCCCACUUUCAAACACUUCAUGUGCUACAGUUGCGUCACUUGGAGGUGAGGAGUGCACCAGAGAACAUCUCCAAUGGCUCCUCGAUACGCACCAAGUCUGCGCUCCCGCCUGGUACCGCUGCUGCUCCUCCUGCAGCUGGGGUUUAUUGCCAUUUAUGCCUUUUGGACUGAAAUCCAGAGCAAUGUCAACCCACAUGGAAGUAACUUCAGCAAAAUUUACCCAGAGUUCCAGGAUGUGCAUGUGACGGUGAUUCUUGGUUUCGGGUUCUUAAGCACUUUCCUGGUGAGGUAUGGUUUCAGUGCCUCUGCCUUUAACCUCCUCGUGGCCGUGAUUGCCACCCAAUGGGCAAUCAUACUCAAUGGAAUUGAGUCCUUCAGGGGAAAGAUCAGGCUGGAUUUGAAAAGCUUGGUAGAAGCUCAAAUGUGCACAGCCUCUGUCCUCAUUUCAAUCGGAGCUGUGCUGGGAAAGACUAACCCGGUUCACCUCAUCCUCAUCUCCCUGCUGGAGGUGUCGGGGUUCAUCUUCAAUAAAUGGGUCCUGCAGACUGUGCUGAACGUGCAGCUGCUGAACAGCAUCAUGAUGCUUCACAUCUUUGGGGCUUUCUUUGGACUCAUGCUGGCCUGGAUCCUGUAUCGGAAAGGUUCUGAGCAGGGAUUUGAAAAAGAGAAAUAUGACCACAGAUCUGGAUCGUUCUCAAUGUUGGGGACACUGUUUCUCUGGGUGUUUUGGCCCAGUUUUAACUCCGUCCUUGUGGACAGUGGUAAUCCCUGGAGGAAGUUUGGGGCCGUGUGCAGCACCUACCUUGCCCUGGCUGUCAGUGCAGUAACAGCUGCUGCCUUGUCUGUGCUCUCCAGUCCCAAGGGGAAACUCAACCUGAUCCAUAUGCAGCAAUGCAUCCUUGCUGGUGGUGUUGCUGUUGGCAUCUCCAUGUCAGUGGUUCAUCAGCCAGGGGAUGCCAUGGUGAUUGGAUUCACUGCUGCCAUUGUAUCAACCGUCGGACACCGAUACCUCAAGACUCAAAUGCUACUUGCAUUUCAAUGCCAUGACACCUGUGCUGUUCUCAGUACACAUGGACUCCCUGGUCUGGUGGGGUGGCUCGCAAAUCUUCUUCUGCAGAUCAAAGACUGCGAUGAUCACACAACGGCAAUCCCGAUCCGGUUUGCUGUAUUUCACAUUUCGACUCUCCUCAUCACCAUGACUAACUGUCUGUCCAUGGCAAUCAUCACAGGACUUCUACUCAAGUGGGACUUCUGGAGGACACCCAAAAGCAAGAAAUGUUUCGAUGACCAGGCUUUCUGGGAGUUUCCUCAUCUUGCAGUAAAAAAGUGAGACGUUGGAAGCCUGGAAUCCUGGAAGUAUAAACAAUUUUCUACGCUAAUGUAUAUAAUUCCAUUCAAUUAUUCCUAAUUCCUAAAGUUGUUUUUUUCCUGAGCAAAACAGUGUUUAACCAGAGAAACAUAAAUGUAGGUGACUUUUAAUGUCCAGUAGGUUUAUGUUUAAUGUUGCGAUAGUUGUCAGAAAAUAACUUUGGUUAUGAUGUUACACAAGCAAAAUGGAUACAAGUGAGUGAAGCAGUGAAACACAAAUCUUCAACAAUAAAACUGGAUGAUGGCAAA